AGGGCUGAUGAUGGUAACAUGAGUGAAAAUGGAAGCAAUGGCAGACAUUUGGCAGCGAAAAGGGACCGUCGCUUGCGUGCUUAUUCGCCAAGAUGACCUCAAAAAGUUUGAGACUCGAUUCGUGCCCGGGGAGGCCAGCGCAGCUCAGUACGAGUACGAACGUGAGGAUUACAUGACACAUGCCGCUCCAUACAAACCUGGUAGCGUGUCUCUGACUCCUUACAUGAGGUACUUUGCGCUCGCCUGA